AUGCUGCUGGAUCCUAUGAUUGCUCAGGAUCAAGACUAUACUACCUCUCAACUUGUGGACUUAGCCAGUAUCAACGAAAUUCCCACAGAUAUGCCUGCUCCCUCCAAGGAGAACAAGAAAGGCGAGACCAAUGGUCAAGCUGCCAAUGGGAAUAUACCACCCCCGAAGACAGACAAGCCUCGGCCUCAUGUCUGCACCACCUGUGGUCGUUCAUUCGCGCGAUUGGAGCAUCUGAAGCGCCAUGAGCGCUCUCACACUAAAGAGAAGCCCUUCGAGUGCCCGGAUUGUGCCCGCUGCUUUGCGCGUCGUGAUCUUUUGCUUCGGCAUCAACAGAAACUCCACAUGACUACCACUCCUUCUUCUCGUCCGAGAAAUGGUCGUCGUGAGAGUACCGGUGCAGCUCCAGGUGGCAAUAAUCGUGUGCGCAAGAAUUCCAUCGCUAACAACUCAUCUUCUUCGAUGCGACCCCGAGCCAACACCGUUGGUCAUGUUGAUGCGGCCGGUUUGGGCAUUGCUAACUCGAGUAACCCAUCCUCGGCUCCAACCCCAUCAGGACACUCCUACCACGCUAGCUUGGGAUCCUCGUUAGGGUCAAACAUGGAUUACCGGGGAUUCGGCUCAGGCCAUCCCUCGGUGAACGGUCUGACCAAGAUUGAAACUUCAGGAUUACCGAUUGAUAUUUCUGGUGGAUUGCGAACAGCCCCUGUUUAUGGAAGCUUUGACUUGGGCAUCGACGGUAUGCUUAUGGGCCAUGGAAGCACGAUCAAUCCGGCACAAUUACACUUCGCAGGUUCCCCCCCAGGCUUGCAUUCCGCGACGGAUCCCAUGAUGGACGAUGAUAUGAACUUUGACUGGAUGAACGGCUUUGAUGCGGCCGUUGCGUUGGGAAAUGGAAAUGACUCGGUCAUUGACGAGUCAUCGCCUUCAGCUAUGAGUACGGGUAGCCAAAGCGGUAUUAGUGAGGCUAUGCUUGAUGGCCCAAACCGUAUCCCUAUUUCCAAUGGCUGGCACAACCCAUUCCCCCAACACACUUCCGUCAACCAAUUCGCCACCCUUGACUUUUCCCCGACGACCUUGAACGAAUUGGGAAUCGCCCCAGAGACCGUCUCGCCCAAGUCACUGAUGGCCCAGAACCCGUUCGCUGAGACCUAUGCUACACCUCCCUCCAUGACCUCGGUCGGCCAGCCCAUCGUGGGAGGACAUUCGCAGAGUAUGUUAUCAUCCUCUAUGGCAACAAGCGGAGAAUCUCCUAAUCCUCUCAACGUUCCUUUCCCGAAUAGUGCCCUUCGAAGUCAACAUUCCCCAUUCUCAACGGAUACCUUUACAGACUCCACACGACAGGCUCUAUUAGCGAGCAUGUCGCAACCCACUGGCUUCAAUCAUCGCAAGUAUUCUCAACCCGCAAGUGGACUCCAACACAGCCGAGAUUUGUUCGCCCGCUCGACUGGCUUCAACAGCUCUGGUCAAUUACCAAGUACCUCCGACAUGCAGCGAUAUAUCUCAGCUUACCUCAACUACUUCCAUCCUCACAUGCCCUUUCUCCAUACCCCGACCCUCAACUUUCAAGCCCCCGAGUACACCAAUAACCUUCGCACGCCGAGCGGGCACCUUAACCUCAGUUCAACUGGUGUAUCCGGUGGAGGUGGCUGUUUGAUCCUCUCAAUGGCCGCCAUCGGUGCACUGUACGAACAUGACACCGCUGCAUCCAAGGACCUAUUCGAAGCCGCAAAGAAAAUGAUCCAGUUAUAUCUAGAAGAGCGCAGAAAAGCCGAUAUGUCAGCAGCUCUAAACCGUGCUGGUACUACUCGUGACGAUUCGGUUCACAAUACGCCGCUCUGGCUGGUACAGGCGAUGCUACUAAAUGUGAUCUAUGGUCAUACCUGCGGAGAUAAGACCUCUGCAGAUAUUGCCAGUACACAUUGCGCUGCCCUAGUCAGCUUAGCUCGUGCAGCUGCGCUGACACAUCACCUGGAGCCGAAGAAUCUGCCGCAAGAUCAUCUCACUGCUGGAAUUGACGGACAUGGUGAUGCUGAUAGCUGGACCUCCUCGUCUUUCAGUCAACCGAAGGAACGACGAGAUUGGCUCAACUGGAAGGUGGUAGAAGAGCGGAAGCGUACCCUGUACGCUAUUUUCGUCUUGUCUAGCUUCCUUGUAUCAGCAUAUAAUCAUGCCCCCGCCUUGACCAACUCUGAGAUCCGACUUGAUCUGCCAUGUGAAGAAGACCUCUGGGCUGCGGAGUCUCCUCAAGCGUGGAAGAAGAUGGGUGGCUCGACUGCUGCGAAUAAAUCCGCCUCAUUCUCAGCCGCCCUGACUUCCCUGCUGACCGCUAGCCAACGACAACAGCAGAAUCAAUCUUCAAACUUGUUCUUCAGUGGUGGUAGCACAGAUGAUCCAGAGCACGCAGAAAACCGGCCUAGUACCUUUGGCUGUCUCGUUCUUAUCUACUCGCUCCAUAAUUAUAUCUGGGAAACCCGGCAACGACAUAUGGGUCGUCAAUGGACUGCUCAAGAGACCGAGGCCAUGCAAUCGCAUAUCGAACCUGCACUGCGAGCAUGGCAGGCAGCCUGGGCCAGCAACCCUGUGCACAGUUUGGAACGCCCGAACCCAUUUGGGGCUGGUCCUCUCUCCGCAGAUAGCAUUCCUUUACUGGACCUGGCAUAUGUUCGGCUAUUUGUCAACCUGGGCCGAUGCAAAGAGGCUUUCUGGCAGCGAGAUUGGAAUGGCAUGGCAGAUGAGCUGGCUCGUGGCACUGAAGUUUUCCAACAAGUCGACACAACUAUGACUGAUCUCUUAGAUCCCUCUCUCACCGGUUCACUCGAUGGCCGACGAGAAUCGAUCAAUGAUCUGGGAGUAGCGGACCUUGUGAUCUCAAAGACCCCUACCCAGGAUCAGCCCAUGCAGACUCUGUCCAGUGUUUACAAGAGCGGUCAAUCUAAGCGUGAAAAGCAUUUGCGAAAAGCAGCUUUCUAUGCCGCUGACUCGAUUUCCAUGUCGGAUCGACUGGGCAACACUUUUGCUGAGUUUUCAUCAAGAGAACUUCCAAUUCAGUGUGCGAUGUGUGCCUUUGAUUGCGCCCAGGUUCUAGCUGAGUGGAUCACUACCGUUCAAGAAAGAGUCGGUCCAUACCUUGGAAUCCUCGGUCGGGAGGAUCUUGAUUUGACUCAGGUGCCUGGUGUUAUGUUACUCGAGGACGAAGAUUGCAAGUUGGUCGACAAAAUUAAGGAGAUACUAAACAACAUGGAGACCAAAAUGCAGCGACAAGUGCUAAACAACUCGAUGUCUGCUUUAAGUGUGAUGCAAAGUCUGCCAAGUGUGGUGGAAGGAGGAUACGGAUGUAAAAUAUUGAUCGCCACGGCGAGCCUAUUAGACAGGGCUGCUGUUUGGCCAGUGACGAAACUUAUGGCGCGCUCCCUUGAAGCCCAAGCUAUGCGAAUGAAGGAACGAACCGAACACUCCAUGAUGAUGACCACCUAA